CAACCUAACAAAACCUGCAGUACUUUCCGAACAUGCAGAGAAUGGACGCUGGGAUGGACCUGCUCCACAGCUCUGGGGUGGAGCUGGUGCAGUAUCUACAGAUGAAUUACAAGGACUCCCAGAGCUGGUUCACCUUUAUCUCUUUGGCAGCUGACCUGAGAAACACUUUCUUUGUUUUCUUUCCCAUCUGGUUCCAUCUGUGUGAAGCAGUGGGUGUCAAACUCAUCUGGGUGGCAGUCAUUGGAGACUGGCUCAACCUCAUCUUCAAGUGGUUCCUAUUUGGACAAAGACCUUACUGGUGGGUCCAUGAGACUGAGUUUUAUGCUAAUUCUUCUCUCCCUGUGGUGCAGCAAUUUCCGAUCACUUGUGAAACAGGACCAGGAAGUCCAUCUGGUCAUGCAAUGGGUUCAGCUGGUGUCUGGCAUGUAAUGGUCACAGCACUACUGACCUUUGGAUUACAAAAGAAGCAGCCCAUCUUGCAAAAAUGGUGUCUCCAUGUGCUGCUAUGGACCAUGUUCUGGAUGAUCCAGGUCUGUGUCUGUGCAUCCAGAGUGUUUCUGGCCGCUCACUUCCCACACCAGGUCUUUUUUGGAGUUAUUUCAGGAUUGAUUGUGGCUGAAGUGUUUGGCCGGAUUGAUACAAUCUACAAUGUGAAGUUUAAGCAAUAUCUGAAGAUCACUCUGUCCUUGUUCUCCUUCGCUCUGGGCUUCUAUCUGCUGCUGAAAGUGCUGGGAGUAGACUUGCUGUGGUCAGUGGAGAAAGCCCAGAGAUGGUGUGCCCGAGCUGAGUGGGUCCACAUCGACAGCACUCCCUUCGCUGGUCUGGUCAGGAACAUGGGUGCCUUGUUCGGAUUGGGAUUAGCUCUCAACACCCCCAUUUACGUCGAAAGCUGUAAAGAGAAGAGGAGCCAGCAGUUCAGCUUCAGACUAAGUUGUAUAGUGGCUUCAUUGCUCACCCUGCACCUGUUUGACUCAGUGAAGCCCCCGAAUCAGACAGAAUUCCUGUUUUACUUUCUGUCUUUCUGUAAGAAUGCUGCAGUGCCUCUGGCUGCUGUGGUGUUUGUUCCGUACUGUGUGUCACAAAUUGUAAACCGAGAAGAGAAGGAAAAGCUUCUAUAGAUUUUGAAAAUGAAACAUUGACACAGGCAAUAGGGUGUGUCGUCAUGGGGUCUUAAAAACACUCAGUCUACAUUUAAAUGCUUCAUGUACAAUUCACAAUAAAGGCAGUAUGGUUUUUUGCUUAAAACUCAUUUUCAAUAUACAUUUUUCUCUGAGACAGAGCAGAAAAUGACACCAACCAAAAUGCUUGCAGUCACGCAUCAACUCCAAUGUGACAGGUGGAGAUGACUGUUGGAUAAAAACAAUGGACAAGACAAACAGUUUUUCCUAAAAUGUCCCUCCUUCCACUGGUCGCACAGUAUUGUCAGAUUUGUUUUAGACACUUCUGUUGAGCUAUUGUGUCUGACAAAGGAUUGCUGCAGAAACAUUUUAAAGUCAUUGUUAUCAUUUGUUGUAAACCGGGAAUGGUAGUCUACAGUCAUCGAGCAAUUUGGAAUUUGUUUCUCCAGCCAAUCUUAUCGUAUUUGGAUCAUUUUAACUUCCCUGGGCCUAUACUUUCUAAAAUGGAUCUCAAUGAUUUACAUAAGGGCCUAGGUUUACACAGGUCAUAACCACACUGUUGAGAAGCUGAUUAACAUUUGCACCACAGUGAUUUUCUUUUAUUAAAUACCUGUUGUAGAGAUUAGAAAGGGUGGGGUAUCAAGAUACUGAUAUAUUUGGGGUGAGUUGCUUCACCCUCUCACAUCUUAGGUUGCCAGAAAUCAGGCUCAGGAAGACUGCUUACAUUAGAGCUGUUUGCGUCUGGGUUAAAUGGCAAAAUGUUUCCACUUGGUUCCACAAGGAAACUAAUGGGUCUCCUCUACCCGGGGCUUCAACUUCCUUCCUAAAAAACCUUUCCAACGUCCUCCCUCUUUUGCUACUUCUGUGGGUUCUUGUCAGCAGUAAUUGUAAAAAUGUCAAUGGUUCCUACUGCUUUGCACUAGACUACACCACUUAAUGAAUCUAGAGAAUGGCUGCAGCUCAUUUAGAAGAGAAAGGUUCAGUGCUAUGACAUUUGUGGAUCACAAUUCUUGUGCAGCCCUUUUGGGAGUGAGGAUGACUUCUUUUCCUCUCUGGUGUUGUGGGUCCUGCAGUGACUAAGUAAUGUCCAGUGCUGGAUCUGCAAACCCUUUCCCAGGGAGGGCAGGUGGUGUUUGCUGAAGUGUGUGGCUGGAGUUUUCAAACACUCCUCCCAUCCUUUGACAUAGGCCUCCAUCUGGGCCUGUUGAAGGGGCUGGAAAUGGAUGUUACCAUUGCUUCUUCUCCAGUUUGAGUGAUACAGAGCUAGCAAUUCUCAUGAGUUGGUGGGGACGUUGCAUUUUUACGAGGACGAUCUAAGGAUGUUCUUCAAGCAUUUCCUUUGCUUUCCUAAUAACUGCUUGCCGUGACGAAUCUCAGAGUAGAGUUUCGGACAUCUCACAUCAGGCACAUAACGAAUGUAUCCAAUCCGCCACGCAGAUUGUCUGCGUCCAGUGCCUUGAUGCUGGGAUGUUGGUCUGAGAGAUAAACCGAUAUUGGAGUGUUUAUCCUGCUAGCAAAUUUGCAGGGUUUUACAGAUGCAUUGCUAGUGAUAUUUCUCAAGAUAUGUCUGCUCUACAUUGUCUACAUCUUUGAUGAAACAUGAAGGUUGGUGACCUGCUGCCCUGAAGACCAUGAGUUUUGUGUCAGGUUUGAGGUCUUUGUCAUCAAGCAUUCUGUUCCUCAGACAGCCAAAGACUGUGUAUUUCAUUGGUAUUAGUAUUUGGAGAGUGGCUUCACCAAUACUUUUUUUUAAAACCUUGAAGAUCUUGAAAUUUUGUUAAUUUUUAGCGAUUGCUUCUGUUUGACGAGUGGUAUAAAGUAUGUGACAAGAUUAAAACCAAAUUUGAAUAAAUGAUACAAUUAGCUUUCUUUCAAUGGCAUAAUCUGUAUGUUUGAUUUUGUUAUUUCA